AUGGCUUCUCUACUGAGCUCAGCUCUAAACUUGCCAUUCAACCGGUUCAAUGAUGGAAAUGCAAAAGAUCUCCCUGUAAAAGCAUUUUCAAACAAAGAUUAUCUUUUUGCUAGAAGAACCAGCGGAUGUCAGGGACAUUAUCUGCUGAUAAAAUCUAAAACGUCCUUCAAAGCAGACGUGCUUGCUAAAGAAUCUUUGAAUGUUGAGACGGCUGAUGAAACAAAUGAUUUUGGAGUUGUUAGUGUUCACCAUGUGGGAAUCUUAUGCGAGAACCUUGAAAGGUCAUUGCAGUUUUACCAGAAUAUUCUCGGUCUUCAAAUAAAUGAGGCACGACCUCAUGAUAAGCUCCCUUACCGUGGUGCUUGGUUGUGGGUGGGGUCUGAGAUGAUACACUUAAUGGAGCUUCCAAAUCCCGACCCAUUAACUGGCCGACCAGAACAUGGUGGUCGAGAUCGUCAUACUUGCAUAGCAAUUCGGGAUGUGUCUAAACUGAAAGCAAUUUUUGAUAAAGAAGGCAUUCCGUACACCCUCAGUCGCUCUGGGAGACCGGCAAUUUUCACACGAGAUCCUGAUGCCAAUGCUCUUGAAUUUACACAAGUUUGA